UAUUCGUUAUAUUUGUAGUCGUUCGUCUGCCCUUACUUUAAACACCGACGGAUUAAAAUAAUAAAAUCGUUCAUCGAUUGGAUUUAAGACUUUGAUUUUGACAGAAUUUAUAACAUGUUGACCAGGAAGUAAAUGGUGCGCUGUUCAAAAUGUGAGCUGAGAGGUUGAGUGGGUUAAAAUAAUAAUCAAACGUUAUUUUGUUAACGUUGCACCGUUUAAAUGGAGAUUCGCGGGAUGUGAUGGAGUGGGAACAAUUUGAGCUAAAUCCAAGGAUUAUUGCUGCUGUUAAAAAAGCCCAUUUCAGAUCAGCGAAGGAGAUCCUCUGUGUGUCUGGUCCAGAUCUGCAGAGACUGGCACGCUUGUCAAAGACUGAUGUCCUGCGCCUUCACUGUGCAGUAGCAGCCGCUGUGCGCAAGACCAGCCCGGUCACAGCUCUGCAGCUGAUCCGGGGAGAAUGUCCUGUUUUGGAGCCCGGACACAGGCUGUCUUUUGCCUGCCCCGUUCUGGACGGUCUGAUGCGCGGUGGUCUCCCGUUACGAGGAAUAACAGAGCUGGCAGGAGAGAGUGCUGCUGGGAAAACUCAGUUUUGUUUGCAGCUUUGCUUGUCUGUCCAGUAUCCAGAGGAAAACGGAGGGCUGAACUCAGGAGCCGUUUAUAUUUGCACUGAGGACUCUUUCCCCAUCAAACGACUGCGGCAACUCAUUACCCAGCAGUCCCGGCUCAGACCAGAUCUGCCUCCAGCUCUGAUCCACAGCCGGCGUUUAACUGACAGCAUCUACAUCGAGCAUGCAGCUGACCUGGAGGCUCUGCAGGCGUGCGUGUCUCAGCGUGUGCCUGUGCUGCUGAAGCGAGGUCUGGUCAGACUGGUGGUGGUGGACUCCGUGGCUGCUCUGUUUCGCAGUGAGUUCCAGGCUGAUGAGGCUGUGCAGAGGUCACGUCACCUGCUGGCUUUUUCCAGUACACUCCACCGCCUGAGUCAUGCAUAUGGCGCACCUGUAGUCUGCGUCAACCAGGUUACAGAUGUUAUGGACGGCCCAAAUCCCGGAAGGUGCGACUAUGGGCUGGUGGGCAGUAAGGUGCUUCCUGCACUGGGCAUUGCUUGGGCCAACCAAGUGAUGGUGAGACUCAUGCUCACAAGAUUGACAGGACAAGUCAAAUCAGACAACCGAAGUUGUGCUCCGCGUAAAUUAGAAGUGAUCUUCGCCCCACACCUCCCUCGAGCGAGCUGCCUGUGUGGGGUUUGGGAGGAAGGAGUGAGAGGGAUCCCCGAUGACGCUCUUCAUGAUGAAUGAUCUGCAGAUGGAGGAGACUACAUUCACAUCAGUUUGGCAGUCAACAGCUGCUAAUGGACACAAAUGUUUUUAAAGCACAUUUUGUUAGGAAUGGCUAAUUUUUUACCAUUUGAAAUUAAUACACAUUAUUAUUAGGCUAAUAUAAAAUUCUCACAGGUAUUAUGUGCAAAUAAUUUUGUAAAAUAACCCUAUUUUAUAAUACUUUUACAUUUUUUAUUAUUAUGCCCUUGAGACACUGAAUAUGUUUUCCUUAUGUAUACCUGUAUGUUGUUACAGUUUUCAUACAAAAAGAGUUCCAAUGCAGCAAUAAGCAAGUUGAAUAAAGGCUAAUCACUGCCUCAAAGCCACCCUUGAAGAGAACAA